AUGCUUUGUCGGUAUGAGAUACAGAGCUGUUUCUUCUUGGCUUUUUUAGCUGUCACAGCUUUCUUCAUUAGUGAUGCCCAGGGCCAAGUGUCGCCGCCAACAAGACUAAGAUAUAAUGUAGUCAGUCCUGACAGUGUACAGAUCUCUUGGAAAGCUCCCAAAGGGCAAUUCACUGGAUAUAAGCUUCUUGUCACUCCAAGUUCAGGUGGAAAAACCAAUCAAUUAAUUCUUCAAAACACUGCAACCAAAGCAAUUAUUCAAGGUCUUAUUCCAGAUCAAAACUAUGCCCUUCAGAUCAUUGCAUUCAGUGAAGACAAGGAGAGUAAGCCAGCACAAGGCCAUUUCAGAAUUAAAGAUAUAGAGAGAAGAAAAGAAACAAGUAAAUCCAAGGUGAAGGAUCCAGAAAAAACAAAUGCGAGUAAACCAGCUCCAGAAGGAAGCCUGUUUACCUGUAAAACUCCAGCAAUUGCAGAUAUUGUGAUACUGGUGGACGGUUCUUGGAGUAUUGGCAGAUUCAAUUUCAGACUUGUUCGACUGUUCCUGGAAAAUCUGGUUUCCGCUUUCAAUGUGGGUUCUGAGAAGACAAGAGUAGGUCUUGCACAGUACAGUGGUGAUCCCCGAAUUGAAUGGCAUUUGAAUGCCUAUGGCACAAAAGAUGCUGUUUUGGAUGCGGUUCGUAAUCUACCAUAUAAGGGAGGGAAUACAUUAACAGGUCUUGCCUUAACUUACAUUUUGGAAAACAGCUUUAAGCCUGAAGCAGGUGCAAGAUCUGGAGUGUCUAAAAUUGGUAUACUGAUCACUGAUGGGAAGUCCCAAGAUGAUGUUAUCCCUCCUGCUAAAAACCUACGAGAUGCUGGCAUUGAGCUGUUUGCUAUUGGUGUAAAGAAUGCAGAUAUAAAUGAACUCAAAGAGAUUGCCUCUGAACCUGACAGCACACACGUCUACAAUGUUGCUGACUUCAACUUCAUGCAUACCAUUGUUGAAGGUCUUACCAGAACAGUGUGCUCACGAGUAGAGGAACAGGAAAAGGAAAUCAAAGGAACAGUAGUUGCUUCACUUGGGGCUCCUUCGGAUUUGGUCACAUCUGAGGUAACAGCUAGAGGAUUCCGGGUUAGCUGGACCCAUGCACCCGGCAAAGUGGAAAAAUACAGGGUUGUGUACUAUCCCACUCGAGGAGGACAACCGGAAGAGGUUGUGGUAGAUGGAAGUUUAUCAACAGCAGUUCUGAAAAACCUGAUGUCUUUAACUGAAUACCAGAUAGCUGUAUUUGCCAUAUACUCAAAUGCUGCUAGUGAGGGCCUCCGUGGAACUGAAACUACGCUUGCCCUGCCAAUGGCAUCGGAUCUGCAAUUGUAUGAUGUAUCACAGAGCAGCAUGAGAGCAAAGUGGAAUGGAGUAGCAGGUGCCACAGGUUACAUGAUCCUAUAUGCUCCCCUCACAGAAGGAUUGGCAGCAGAUGAGAAGGAGAUAAAAAUUGGGGAGGCCUCAACAGAUCUUGAACUGGAUGGACUAUUGCCAAAUACAGAAUAUACAGUCACAGUUUAUGCCAUGUUUGGAGAAGAAGCUAGUGAUCCCCUUACAGGACAAGAAACUACAUUGCCUCUGAGUCCACCAGCAAACUUGAAAUUUUCUGAUGUUGAACACAGUAGUGCUAAGCUAACAUGGGAUCCUGCUUCCAAAAAUGUAAAUGGCUAUCGCAUCAUGUACGUUAAAACAGACGGAACAGAAACCAAUGAGGAGGAAGUUGGUCGUGUUUCAACCCAUACUCUAAACAGCCUGACAUCCCUUACAGAGUAUACUGUUGCUAUUUUCUCCCUGUAUGAUGAAGGACAAUCUGAACCACUUACUGGCAGCUUUACCACAAAAAGAGUUCCAGCUCCCCAGCAUUUGGAAAUUGAUGAAGCAUCGACAGAUAGUUUUAGGGUCAGCUGGAAGCCCACCUCCUCAGACAUUGCUUUUUACAGAUUGGCAUGGAUUCCUUUGGAUGGGGGAGAAUCUGAAGAGGUUAUCAUAAAUGGAGACGCAGACAGUCACAUUAUUGAGGGUUUGUUGCCCAACACAGAAUAUGAAGUUUCUUUGCUGGCCGUUUUUGAUGAUGAAAGUGAAAGUGAAGUUGUUGCUGUUCUUGGAGCUACAUUUGCAAGGACUACCGCAAUACCUACCACGGUGACUACUACCAGUACCACAACUUCUAAGCCCACCACAGCAGUUUUUCGAUCAGGAAUCAGAAACCUUGUUAUAGAUGAUGAAACAACCUCAAGUCUCAGGGUGAUGUGGGACAUUUCAGAUUACAGUGUUCAGCAGUUCAGAGUGACCUAUCUCACUGCGAAAGGUGACCGUGCUGAGGAAGCGGUAAUGGUGCCUGGGAGACAAAACACUCUUCUGCUUCAGCCUCUGCUGUCUGAUACAGAAUACAAAGUUACCAUCACUCCCAUCUAUUCUGAUGGGGAAGGAGUCAGUGUCUCAGCUCCUGGCAAAACUCUACCCCUGUCUGCUCCUAGAAAUUUACGUGUCUCAGAUGAGUGGUACAACAGAUUACGUAUCAGUUGGGAUCCCCCACCGUCACCAGCAAUGGGUUACAGAAUUGUCUACAAACCUAUCAACAUUCCUGGUCCUGCGUUGGAGACCUUUGUAGGGGAUGAUAUUAAUACCAUUCUCAUUCUAAAUCUCUUCAGUGGAACAGAGUACAGUGUUAAAGUAUUUGCUUCAUACUCAACAGGCUUCAGUGAUGCCCUAACAGGCGUAGCCAAAACCUUGUACCUGGGUGUGACAGAUUUGGAUUCCUAUCAAGUCCGUAUGACUAGUCUCUGUGCUCAGUGGCAGCUUCACAGACAUGCUACUGCAUACAGGGUAGUUAUAGAAUCACUUGUGGAUGGGAAAAAGCAAGAAGUAAAUCUUGGUGGAGGGACACCUAGACAUUGUUUCUUUGAGCUGAUGCCUGGAACUGAAUAUAAAAUCAGUGUUCAUACACAGCUUCAGGAGAUAGAGGGCCCUGCUGUAAGCAUCAUGGAGACAACAUUACCAUUUCCAACUCAACCGCCAACACUACCUUCAACACCACCCCCACCACCUACAAUCCCUCCUGCAAAAGAAGUGUGCAAAGCAGCCAAAGCUGACCUAGCAUUCCUGGUGGAUGGGUCAUGGAGUAUUGGAGAUGACAAUUUCAAUAAAAUAAUUAGCUUUCUCUAUAGCACUGUUGGAGCUUUGGAUAAGAUUGGUCCUGAUGGAACGCAGGUGGCAAUAAUUCAGUUCAGUGAUGAUCCCAGGACGGAAUUUAAAUUGAAUGCAUACAAAACAAAAGAGACUCUUCUUGAAGCUAUUCAGCAAAUAGCCUACAAAGGAGGAAAUACAAAAACAGGCAAAGCCAUUAAACACGCAAGAGAAGUCUUGUUUACUGGAGAGGCAGGCAUGAGAAGGGGCAUUCCAAAGGUUUUAGUUGUCAUUACUGAUGGGCGAUCACAGGACGAUGUGAACAAAGUCUCCAGAGAAAUGCAACUAGAUGGUUUCAGCUUUUUUGCUAUUGGAAUAGCUGAUGCUGACUAUUCAGAGUUAGUUAAUAUUGGCAGCAAGCCCAGUGAAAGACAUGUCUUCUUUGUGGAUGACUUUGAUGCCUUUACAAAGAUUGAAGAUGAGCUGAUCACUUUUGUUUGUGAAACUGCAUCAGCAACCUGCCCAUUGGUAGUUAAAGACGGCAACAAUUUUGCAGGAUUUAAAAUGAUGGAAAUGUUUGGUUUGGUUGAAAAGGAGUUUUCAGCUGUGGAAGGGGUUUCAAUGGAACCUGGUACAUUUAAUGUUUACCCGUGUUACAGACUGCACAAGGAUGCCCUGGUAUCUCAGCCUACCAAGUAUUUGCAUCCUGAAGGUCUGCCUUCUGAUUACACUAUUACGUUUCUCUUCCGUAUACUCCCCGACACACCUCAGGAACCAUUUGCACUUUGGGAGAUUUUAAAUGAAGGAUAUGAACCACUGGUUGGAGUUAUUUUAGAUAAUGGUGGUAAAACUCUGACUUUCUUUAACUACGACUACAAAGGAGAUUUUCAAACUGUGACUUUUGAAGGUCCUGAAAUAAGAAAGAUAUUUUAUGGGAGUUUUCAUAAGUUGCAUGUCGUUAUCAGCAAGACUACGGCCAAAAUAAUUAUUGACUGCAAGGAAGUGAGCGAAAAGACCAUUAAUGCAGCAGGAAAUAUUAGUUCUGAUGGCAUAGAAGUGCUGGGGAGAAUGGUCAGAUCCAGAGGACCAAGAGACAACUCUGCACCAUUGCAGUUACAGAUGUUUGACAUUGUUUGUGCUACCUCAUGGGCCAAUCGGGACAAAUGCUGUGAGCUUCCUGGCUUGAGAGAUGAGGAAAAUUGUCCUGCUCUUCCUCAUGCUUGUUCCUGUUCAGAAGCUAAUAAGGGUCCCCUUGGACCUCCUGGACCACCGGGGGGUCCAGGUGUCAGAGGUGCCAAAGGUCAUCGUGGCGAUCCAGGUCCAAAGGGACCAGAUGGACCUCGAGGUGAAAUUGGUGUUCCUGGACCACAAGGACCUCCAGGACCACAAGGACCCAGUGGACUUUCUAUUCAAGGGCUUCCAGGGCCACCAGGUGAAAAAGGAGAGAAGGGAGAUCUUGGAUUUCCUGGCCUGCAGGGUGUCCCAGGAGCAUCCGGUUCACCUGGAAGAGAUGGAGCUCAAGGUCAAAGGGGCCUUCCUGGCAAAGAUGGACCCACAGGCCCACAAGGACCUCCUGGCCCAAUGGGUAUACCUGGUGCUCCAGGUGUUCCAGGUGUUACUGGAAGCCAGGGGCCACAAGGUGAUGUUGGAGCUCCUGGUCCUCCUGGAGCUAAGGGUGAAAGGGGUGAGCGGGGUGAUCUCCAGUCCCAAGCAAUGGUGCGUGCUGUUGCUCGGCAAGUGUGCGAACAACUCAUCCAGGGUCAUAUGGCAAGAUAUAACUCAAUUCUGAACCACAUUCCAAGCCAGUCUGUCUCAACACGAACCAUCGCAGGACCUCCUGGUGAGCCAGGUCGGCCAGGGGCUCCAGGGCCACAGGGUGAACAAGGAUCACCAGGCAUGCAAGGGUUUCCAGGAAGUCCGGGUCAACCAGGAAGACCAGGAGAAAGAGGUUUACCAGGCGAGAAAGGAGAAAAAGGCAAUCCAGGAGUUGGAACACAAGGACCCCGAGGCCCACCAGGAUCUACAGGACCUCCAGGAGAAAGUCGAACUGGCAGCCCAGGACCACCAGGAUCUCCAGGCCCCCGAGGUCCUGCUGGUCACACAGGACCCCCGGGCUCACAGGGUCCUUCUGGCCCGCCGGGGUACUGCGAUCCGUCCUCCUGCGCUGGUUAUGGCAUGGGAGGUGGAUACGGUGAGCCAACUGAUCAAGACAUCCCAGUAGUGCAGUUGCCACAUAACUCCUACCAAAUCUAUGACCCUGAGGACCUUUAUGAUGGUGAGCAACAGCCGUACGUAGUUCACGGGUCCUACCCCUUACCAUCCCCAUACUCCCAGUCCUCCUAUCCAUCACCUCAUCUUGCUCAACCAGAGUUUACUCCUGUUCGAGAAGAGAUGGAAGCCGUUGAACUGAGAUCCCCAGGAAUUAGUCGUUUCACAAGGAAGAUAGCCAAAAGGAGCGUCAAGACUCCAGUACACAAAAGGGCGAAUGGAAAAAAGCCCUCUCAAUGAACUCUUUAAAAAAGGGAAACAUUUUAUGUGCAUCUGUGUUUGGCCUUUUGUCCAGGUGCCAAACCUGUCAUCGAAGAUGUUUACAGGCUCUUAUAUUAAAAGAGAAAAAAGUGUACAUGACCAGUUGACACAACAAAUAAUGGUAAUUAUCUUGCAUGCCAGAAACUUAGUAUGUUAGUGGGUUGGUGCUAGAUGAUGAUGAAAGGUCAUAUGUAGAUCUUUCUCUGGAGUACAGUUCCAUACACUAUUCAAACUGUAUCUAAAAAACUGCAUCAGGCUAGUUGGUGUAUGCAGAACCAUUCAGAAAAGUUAAUGUCUUUUUUAUCCACGUUUUUCCAGUUGAUUAUGUUCUGUUAGUUUUGGAUGAAUUGCUUUACUAGCAGAGUAACCUGACUAAAUUCACCAGAGAACAAUGCAUAAUCAGGUUUCCUUGAACCCAGCUAUUACUUUUGCAAAGAAAUGUUAUGUUAAUGGACUAUUUUUUUUUUUUUUUAACCCACAUUAUAUAAAUACACAAGAAUGUUCCGUGGAAGCACACUGGUAAUUUAUUGUGAACUUCUUUCAUUUCUGUUUUAUAUGCAAAUAAAAGUGGCAAGCUUUUAUACGUUAAUUCUGUACUCACUUGAUUUUUAACUUCUAACUUUUGUAUAGAUCUUUGGGGAACAGAAUGUAAAGAGAAAAAAACACAUUUUCCUUUUUCAACACUUUUGGGCAACAGUGUUAUUGUAAAGGAUAUAUGAACUUAGUAUAAACAAUAUUUAGCCUUAUUUUUAAAAUUAUAUAUGAACAGGUGUGGAGAGUAACUCUGAGAUGAGGUGGUUGUACCAUCUAUGGACGUGAGAUUUUGCAUAUUGACAUGCCAAACUCAAAAGACUGGCAGGUGUAGUCACGGAGGCAACUUGCAUCAGCUGAUGACGAGAGGAAGGAAAAACCCCAAUCCAACUGCUUGAGGAGCACAAAGCAAUUCAUUAUGUUAAAACAAACCAGGUGAAUUAUAAAAAGUGACUCAACAAACAGCUUUGAACAGCACUAUGGAGACUAAGCAAUCAAAGCAGGAUUUAAAGUAGAAGCUCAAAAAUGUUCAUACAUUCAAGUUGAAAGCAUAGAUAUAGAUCGCUUUCAAUCCAGCCCUAUAAAGACAUGGAGAAAGGUGGCUCAGUAAGGAAAGACCUGUCAGCUUUUGCCUCUGCCCACUACCAGAUGCUCUCCUGGCUCACCAGGAAGACCUUUGCUGUGUAAUCUCCAAUUAUCUGGCCUAGAAUUAGGCCUCACUGGUAACACAAACCAUUUACACAUGCGACUAACACCCACAGCUGUGUAUAUCCCAGGGCAAGUUCAGGCUAGGUGGCUAUUUAACCUUCUAUGCUGUGUUUCUGUUUUCCCAUUAUUUCUCUCGCCCCCCCACCUCCCACCACUUGAAGAAAGGUGAGAAAAGUUGAUGAAAAUAUGAGUUGAAUGUCAUUUCCUUACUCGGACUUGCAUUUAAAGUAGAAGGUAGAAAAGUAUAACAUACAUAACUUACAGAAUUUAAGCAGCUUAACCCCAGUUUACAGAAUGCUGAGGCACCAAGUGAGCAUGGCUGUGUGUGCACACAUGUACGUAUCAUCGCCUAGCACACACAGAGAUAUAUUAUUAAAAUUAAAUACAGGUUAUGGAUGCAUCAUGUGAUUACUUUCCCUGCUUGAAGUUGGCUGUGAUCACCCACGUUAACACACCCUGAAUGUUAUCUCUCUCUCCGUGCCCUUCCCAGCUGGCCCUCUCCCACCCACGCCUUCUACUGACACCUUUGAGAGUCUCCCCCAUGAUGUGCCAAAUUGUAGGUCCUGUGGAGCGACUGAGAAGGUCAGUGAUGGAAAAUCAGCGUUCACGCAAUUCUUGGAGCCUCAUGUUACAGUUCAUAAUUAAUUUGUACCCCAGACUGGUCAUCAAGCAACGCUAUAUCCAAAUCUCAAGUUCCUGGGGGUCCAGGGGGAGUGGCAUGGCAAAACCAGGGAUGCAGGGAAGACAGCAUAGACAUAGUCACACGCUUCAAAAUAAGGCAAUUGGUGUUAUUUGCCCCAUGUUUGAAAUGAAUGGUAACAGCCUGACCAAAUCCCUGCGUGCGUCUGUGCUGCGUGGUCAGUGUCACCUAUGCUGUGCCCCUCCCAACAACUCCUGCACCCAUCCCCAGUCACCCAGGCUGGGGAAGAAGCUGGGAGCAGCACUGCACCCACCUGCCCCUGGGGAACCUGGGUGCCCCGCCCUGUGGGGUCCCAGCUGUGGGACACACCCCCAGCUGGCUGCCAACACAACCAUCUUCCCCUCACGCCAUAUAGGAUGUACAUGCAGUGAAUGAAACAAAGAAAGAGAUUACUUGGGGGUAAUCAAGUAGGCAUACUCAUUACAAUUUUAUAACUUAACUUAUAUACUGAAGCACAACCUUUAAUGGCACCAGUUAAUUUGCUUUAACUUUAUAAUGACAUUUACUGGCACCCCGCUAACCAGAGUGCUUCAUGUAUUGUGGGUCAUCUGUUCACUUGCUGGGUAUACCUUGGUAAUAAAAAGUAACUGGUAGGCACUCCCAAGUUAUAAAAAUAUUAUUCAGGAUUUGUAUGUUCGCCAAAAAAAGUAAGACACAGACGCAUAUGGGUAACAUUUUCUCCAAAAUUCAGUCUCUGAAUAAUCAGGAAUGUCUCCUAUUUUUCCAGACGGCCUAAGAAACUUACUUACUUACUGCUGACUGUGAAGUAUUUAUUUAGCAUAUGAUGAACAGCUGAUGCCACCCAUAUCUUACCAAUUAAGUAUGUACCAUGUCCUUACAAAAAAAAAAGUAUUUACUUUAACCUAUUGCUUUGAAAAGUGCUUUUACUAGUUAACUAAAUGUGGUUUCUGACUUGGAAAUGAAGUCUGCACAUACACUGGAUAGGAACGUUCCCUGGGAUAAGCUCAUCUGAAUGCCAAAGAAAUGCCCAAUACCAAAUCAUUAUUUCAUAUAAUGAAAUAUGGUUAUAAAUAAAACAAUGUUUUUCUUCCUAUAUGAUGCUUGUGUACAAUGGAUACAGAAAACACAAAUUUUCCUGACCAAACAUUGUAAAAUGUGGCAGAUAGA